CAUUUCAACACUCCCAUCUUUAUUCCACUACUACUAUGGCUACCGAGAUUGCCAAGGAUCCCAUCGACGCUCAUCGGACCGCUGCCGAACGAGGCGGAGAUUCGGGCAGAAACCCGAGGUGGAAGAGGGUUGAACCAUGGACGAGGCAGUUGACAAUCAGAGGAGUAACGGCGAGUAUCAUUAUUGGAAGUGUUUACAGUGUGAUAGCCAUGAAAUUGAAUCUUACUACUGGACUUGUCCCUAAUCUUAACGUCUCAGCUGCUCUUCUUGCUUUUAUCUUCGUACGAACUUGGACUAAAACACUGCAAAAGGCUGGGUUUGUUACUAAACCCUUUACUCGUCAAGAGAAUACCAUGAUUCAAACUUGUGCUGUUGCUUGUUAUAGCAUCUCGGUUGGAGGUGGGUUUGCUUCAUAUCUAUUGGGGAUGAACAGGAAGACGUAUGAAUUAUCAGGAGUGAACACAGAAGGGAAUUCUUCAUACAGUGUGAAAGAGCCAGGAUUGGGGUGGAUGACUGGCUUUCUUUUUGUGGUUUGCUUUGUGGGUCUUUUUGUUUUGAUUCCUCUAAGAAAGGUUAUGAUAGUGGACCUGCAAUUGACAUAUCCUAGUGGCUUGGCGACAGCAGUACUGAUAAAUGGCUUUCACACUCAGGGUGAUGAGAUGGCAAAGAAGCAAGUUAAAGGGUUCAUGAAGUACUUUUCCUUCAGCUUCUUAUGGGCUCUCUUCAAGUGGUUCUUUUCUGGGAAAGACAAGUGCGGCUUCUCUGAGUUCCCCACUUUCGGACUCAAAGCUUGGAAACAAACAUUCUUCUUUGAUUUUGAUGCCACUUUCGUGGGAGCUGGGAUGAUUUGUUCCCACUUAGUGAACUUGUCUUUGCUGCUAGGAGCCGUUCUGUCCUAUGGCCUAAUGUGGCCUCUUCUUGAUCGAGUCAAAGGGCGGUGGUAUCCUGAGAGUUUGGUGGAAAGUGACAUGAAGAGUUUAUAUGGAUAUAAGGUCUUUUUAUCUGUUGCCUUGAUUCUAGGAGAUGGCCUUUACAACUUUAUCAAGAUUCUUAUUUCAACCAUCGCAAGUGUUCACCAUCGAGUCAAGAAAGCCAAAACAGGAACAGGUUUAGACGACAAAGAGAAACCAGCAACAGAGGAAAAACAGGACGAAAUGUUCUUGCGAGAAACCAUCCCACUCUGGCUCGGCCUGGUCGGCUACUUAGCCUUCGCCACAAUCUCCACCGUCGCAAUUCCCCAAAUGUUCCCUCAGCUCAAAUGGUACUUCGUCAUCACAGCAUACAUCCUCGCUCCUUCCCUCGCUUUCUGCAACGCAUAUGGCGCCGGCCUCACCGACAUCAACAUGGCCUACAACUACGGAAAGGUCGCCCUCUUCAUCCUAGCCGCCAUCAGCCCCAAACACGACGCCCUCAUCGCAGGCCUUGCCGGUUGCGGCCUAAUCAAAUCCGUUGUCUCUGUCGCCUGCAUUCUGAUGCAGGAUUUCAAGACAGCCCAUUUGACCUCCACUUCCCCUAGAGCCAUGUUCGUCAGCCAACUCAUUGGCACCGCCGUCGGCUGCGUCACGGCGCCGCUGAGCUUCUUCCUGUUCUACAAGGCAUUCGACGUGGGAAAUCCGGACGGGGAGUUCAAGGCGCCGUACGCUCUGAUUUAUAGGAACAUGGCGAUAUUGGGAGUGGAGGGUGUGUCGGCUUUGCCGAAGCAUUGCUUGCAGAUUUGUUAUGGGUUUUUUGGAUUUGCGAUUGGGGUGAACUUGGUGAAGGAUGUGGGAGGCGGGAGAGUUGGGAAAUGGAUGCCGUUGCCGAUGGUGAUGGCGGUGCCGUUUCUGGUUGGUGGGUAUUUCGCGAUUGAUAUGUGUUUGGGGAGUUUGAUUGUGUUUGUUUGGGGGAAGCUGAAUCGGGAGAAGGCGGAGAUGAUGGUUCCGGCGGUGGCUUCCGGAUUGAUUUGUGGGGAAGGGCUUUGGACUUUGCCGGCGGCUGUUCUUGCUCUUGCUAAGAUUAAUCCUCCUAUUUGUAUGAAUUUUGUGCCAUCAUAAAAAUAUAUUAAAAAAAAAAAAAACCCCACUUUUACCAUUUAUUUAAGGCAGACGGGAGAGAGAGACAAAAAAAAUUCACGGUUUUACUUUUACCA